CCGCCGCCGCCGCCGCCGCCGCCGCCGCCGUCCGCCCGCCCGUCCCGCUCCUCCGGCCGCCGCCGCUGCGCUGCGCUGCGCUGCCUGCGCCCAGGGCUCGGGAGGGGGCCGCGGAGGAGCCGCCCCCCGCGCCCGGCCCCCGCCCGCCGCGCCCGGGCCCGCGCCAUGGGGCUCUGGCUGCCACCGCCCCCCGCGCCCCCAGGCUAGGGCAAUGCGGGCGCCCCCGGCUCGCGGUCCCCGCGGGCACCAUGAGCCCCCUGCUCCGCCGCCUGCUGCUCGCCGCGCUCCUGCAGCUGGCCCCCGCCCAGGCCCCCAUGUCCCAGCAGGAUGCCCCUGGCCACCAGAAGAAAGUGGUGUCAUGGAUAGACGUGUAUGCCCGUGCCACCUGCCAGCCAAGGGAGGUGGUGGUACCUCUGACUAUGGAGCUCAUGGGCACUGUGGCCAAACAGUUGGUGCCCAGCUGUGUGACUGUGCAGCGCUGUGGUGGCUGCUGCCCUGACGACGGCCUGGAGUGCGUACCCACUGGGCAGCACCAAGUCCGAAUGCAGAUUCUCAUGAUCCGGUACCCAAGCAGUCAGCUGGGGGAGAUGUCCCUGGAAGAGCACAGCCAAUGUGAAUGCAGACCAAAAAAAAAAGAGAGUGCUGUGAAGCCUGACAGGGUUGCCACUGCCCACCACCGUCCCCAGCCCCGCUCUGUUCCGGGCUGGGACUCUGCCCCUGGAGCACCCUCCCCAGUUGACAUCACCCAUCCCACUCCAGCCCCAGGACCGUCUGUCCACGCUGCACCCAGCGCCGCCAGCGCCCUGACCCCCGGACCUGCCGCUGCCGCUGCCGACGCCGCAGCUUCCUCCGUUGCCAAGGGCGGGGCUUAGAGCUCAACCCAGACACCUGCAGGUGCCGGAAGCUGCGAAGGUGACACAUUGCUGUUUAGACUCAGCAGCAGGGCCACUUGCCUCACAGGCUGCACCCCCAGAGAAGAUUGGGGAUCCCGGGGAGAAUGGCCAAGCCCCAAGAUCUCCACCUGAACUUUAAGAGGGCUCUCUUGCCUUCCUUUUCUCCCGAGGCUGCCAGCUAUCAGAGUUGAAAAGGAGGCGUGACAGCACAAGGGGUCAUGGCCCAGUUUAGGGGGGAUGGGUUUUUAACCAACCUGUGCAUGUAAGCUUCUUACAACUGGCUCCUGGCUCCUCUCACUACAAAGACCCCAAAGCUCUGCAGAUUUGGUAUGAAAACUGUGACCCCCUAACUCUGAUAAAACAGAUGGAAGGAACUGUCCCCGCUUGUGUCAUUGUUUGCUACUAUCCUGACUGGCUAGUUUGGGCAGGAGUGUCUACGUCACUGCCCACUAGACCUGGGCGCAUGGAGGAGAUGGGGCCUCAGCCUCCGCAGC